GAUCCAUUUUGUAUAGGGAAAAAAACCCUAAAAGCACACUACAUGGUUGUCUUCUCGGAGCGGCAAAGCUAUCUACAGAGCAAAGCUUGAUCAAUCAUCUGCGGCAAUGGGUAAGGGAACAGGGAGCUUUGGUAAGAGGAGGAACAAGUCACACACGCUGUGUGUCAGAUGUGGUCGCCGUAGUUUCCACAUCCAGAAGAGUCGUUGUUCGGCCUGUGCUUAUCCAGCUGCUCGCAAGAGGACAUAUAACUGGAGCGUGAAGGCAAUUAGAAGAAAGACAACAGGAACUGGUAGGAUGAGGUAUCUCCGCAAUGUCCCUCGCAGGUUCAAGACUGGCUUUAGAGAAGGUACCCAAGCCACUCCAAGAAACAAGGCUGCAGCUGCUUCUUCCUAGGCAUUGUUCUUUUUGCGUUUUGCCGUUUGUUUCUUGUUUCUGAUGUAGCUUUUUUCGUUUUGGAAGAGAAACUACUUCGUUUUUUUUCUUUGCUCUUAUACUUUAUCGUCUAGUAUUCUAAAUUGAGAUCGUUUCAUAGA